UACAAACAUAUAGAAUAUUGUUAUCAUUAUGUCGUAAAAUCAUAUCUUCGAUUUGUUGCUAGAACAUUUCACUUUCCAAAAAUUGUGAAAUCUUAUAUAUUAUACAUAUGUUAUCAUAGUUGAAAAAAUCUCGAUGUGAGGCUGCAGUGCGGCACGCCCUAGAAUCGUGAUAUAGACAUAUAGACACAGCCUAUUUGUAUCGCAAUGAGGGUUUAAUAGGAAAAGUACUGGGUGAGUUUGUGUGCCAGCAGAAAUUGAGACGGGAGCAGGUGUUCCUGGUCACAAAGCUGUGGGACAUAUACCACAACCCGGAGAGGGUGCAGCACGCCUGCAACUUGCAACGGAAAGCUCUGGGAGUGGACUAUAUAGAUCUCUAUCUGAUGCAUUCGCCUGUGGGUGUACACUAUAUCUCAGAUGAGGAUCUGAUGCCACAUGUUGAUGGGGAACUAUGGACAAACGAUGUAGAUUAUGUGGACACCUAUAAGGCCAUGGAGAUGCUUGUGGAAAUGGGCCAAGUACGCAGCCUGGGAUUGUCCAAUUUUAACGCUGAUCAGUUGGAGAGAUUGCUUGAAAGUUGCCAAAUAAAACCUGUGGCUCUUCAAAUUGAAUGCCACCCGGGUUUGGUGCAAACACCCUUGAUUGAACUCUGCAAGAGGCACGACAUCACCGUUGUGGCCUAUUCGCCACUUGGUCGCCCUACGAUCGGCCGACCAACACCUGAAUACCUCAAGGAUCCCAGUGUCCUGGCUAUGGCGGCCAAAUAUGGCAAAACUCCAGCUCAAGUGAUACUCAGAUAUAUGAUUGAUAUUGGCACAGUGCCUAUCCCAAAGGCCUCCCAAGAGGAUCAUCUAAACGAGAACCUCGAUAUCUUCGAUUUUCGCCUAGCUCCAGAGGAGUUACAGCAACUGUCGUCCUUCAAUCGUGGGCAACGACUCUGGAAGUUUGAGAAAGCCAAGAACCAUCAGCACUAUCCGUAUUAGAAUUAGGUUUUUAAUAAUCCUCAGUUCUAGUUAAUAAAAUAUAAAUUUAAAUGUGUUACAAGUUA